CUGAUGAUAUUGGCCGAGUCUCGCGAUAACUGAUCACUGGCCGCACACAGAGCACAGCGAGAGCCCAGCUUGCGGGAUCUUCGCCACAUUACCUCUGUGGAUCCUAUGGAAGCCCAUCUAGUAUCAUAAUCAUGACAACAACGAGAUAGUAUCUCAUAAUUAUACUCAGUGGUGGAAAUGGGCCUCCAAAUAGAAUCUCGAGAUCUUAGAUACAUGUGAAGUAAAAUAAGCAAUGCGAGCUGGAAUACUAAACUACUCGACGCAGACACUACACAGUAUAAUGUGGCUGCUUCAAGAAGAAGAAAUGGUGCAUUCAAAACAGUAAAUCAACAAGUAUUUAGAGCUAAAUGUUUUUAUGCCUGUUCAGCAUACAUGACUGCAUGCUUUUUCAUAAUUAUGGAGUUAAUAUGCAAGGUGUCCUCCAACUGUUCAAAGUAUUUUAUGUUUUGUAAAGCAAAUUGAAACUCACUAUGUUAACAUAAUCAUACAUUUUGAAUGAUAAGUCUUAUUCCGCAUUACUAUAACAAAUAAAUUAAGUCAGUUAAGUAGAAUGUUGGCCAGCCGCUGGUGUGGUUUCCACCUCAUCUGACUGUGGGUCUGGGAGACAACCAGCGUAGCAGGAACUACCACAGAGGAGAUACUGAUGCGUUUGCCGAGUGUCUAUAUCUGUCUGUCUGUCACAUCAUCACACAAGCUUUCGUGCGUGUAAACGAGAUGAAGGCUGAGUUAGAUGGGAGGUGGGCGCUGCACGGUGUGGGAGGGAGCAUCGCGUCGCCCCUCAUGUACAGCAUGUAUUUAUCUCCAACAAUCACCCGUAACAAAUUAGAAUAAGUAGUGAGUCAAACGAACAGCAGUCUAAGUGUGUGUUAUCUCACCUCGCAAAGGCUUUUAAUCAAAUGAUUUCUGCAUUCAAUCCUUUUUGGGGGGUAAGAAAACGCACUUACUUGAACGGCAGCAAGUGCUCCUCAACACAAACGUGGCUCCCUAUUUGAGUUACAUUCAGGCUGGCAACGAGAGGACGGUUCUCAAAUACCCAAGCCGAUGCUAUUAUAAGCAGCAGGUUCCAGUGGACAGCAGUGGGACGCGCGGGCAGAGGAGCACAGCCGUGUUAAUGGACGAGGGAAAUAGAGGUUGAAAUCCGGAGAAAAUCAAGCCAGCGCGGCUGAAGGAUUAUCUUGCUGUCCGUACUGUCCAGGUGUGUGUCCCGUCCCCCACAGGACAUGGCCCUGCCCUCUGUGAUGGUGUUGCCCCUGCUGGUGGUCGUGGCAGCGGGUUUAUACUACAUCUACAAUGAAGCAAUGCGGCUCAUGUCCAAGUCCUUAGUGCGAAACAAAGUGGUGGUGAUCACCGAUGCCGUGUCCAGGUCAGGGACAGAGAGCUCCCAUCUCUUCCAUAAGGGCGGCGCCAGGCUGGUCCUGUGUGGGACCAGCUGGGACCAGCUUGAGUCGCUGUAUAACGCCCUGACUGAUGAUGCUGACCCCAGAGAUACGUUUGCCCCGAAGCUGGUGAUACUGGACUUCAGCAACAUGGAUAGCAUGGAGGACGUGGUGGCGGAGGUAGUUGAGUGUUAUGGCUGUGUGGAUGUGUUGAUCUUCAACAGCAGCAUGAAACUUCGGUCCCCGGCACAAAGUGUUUCCCUGAAUCUGGACAGAAACGUCAUGGACGUUAACUACUUCGGCCCCAGCACCCUGGCCAAAGGUGUUCUUCCGGCAAUGAUCUCAAGACGAUCAGGCCACAUCGUUCUAAUCAACAGCAUCCAGGGGAGAUUGGCUUUCCCAUUCAGAAGUUCAUAUGCUGCAUCGAAGCAUGCGGCGCAGGCCUUCUUUGACUGCCUCCGGGCCGAGGUGGAGCAGUAUGGGAUAGUUGUCAGCACCAUCAGUCAUACCUUCAUCAACGCCAGCGAUCCGCUGCCUGUGGAUGGGCCGGCGCUUAAACCAAACCGACUUACUGCAUUUUUCACCAAGCAGUUGACACAUGGUGUGCGUCCGUCAGUCCUGGCCAAUGAGAUCAUGCAAACGGUGAACAGAAAGAGGAAGGAGGUCGUGCUGGCCCACCCUUUCCCAAGGAUGGCCCUCUACUUCCGCUCCCUCCUCCCCUCCUUCCUCUUUGCUGUGCUGGCUGCUGGAGUUAAGGAUUCUGUCCUGGAUGAGUAAACACCGUUGGAGAAAAAGAGAUGUUAAGAUUAUUUGGAUUUGGUUGUUAUGUAAUCAUAUGUGCUUGGCACAAGUCUGGGUUACCAAUUGGCAAAGCAGGCAACUGCUCCUUGAAGUAAAUAAAUAAAGAAUUGUACACUAUCAA